ACCAUUGAAACGCAUGGUAAACAACCGUCAUGGCGACGUCGUCACUUGGCGUAUGUUUGGGAGGUUUGCUCGGGAUAGCGGCGGUAUUAUCGUCGCUCCCGACCUUCCUGGCCGAAUUCAGGCCGCACGUGGUCGAGACCCAACUCCUGUGGGAGCCCCAGGUGGUGGGCGACGUGGCCGCGUUCCGCAUCCCUGUUGCCGCCCGGCUGCCCAACGGCACGCUGGUCGCGCUGGCCGAGGCCAGGAAGUUCUCGUCGGGGGACUACGGUGCCAAGUUCCUCGCUCUACGGAUGUCACAUCCGGACAAGUUUAACGGCGAUGGGGCCGGGGACCUUUGGACACCAACUCAGUUUAUUGUAGAUGACUUCCAAGCCAAAGAUGGUCUGAACCUUGGAGCAGUGAUCGUCGACGAGGUCAAGAACACCCUAAUCGUUCUCUACACGGUCUGCGCCCACACUGCAUGCCCAGAGCGCGAUUACGUCCGCAGUAACUACAUGCUGCGCAGCCGCGACUGGGGGUUGACGUGGGAACGCCCCGUGGACAUAUCCAGCAACAACGCAGCCUUGAAGAACCUGUCCUGGUCGGCUGGUCCGGGCUACGGAAUCCAGAAGAAAUAUGCGCCAUACAAGGAUCGACUGAUUGCCUGCGGCCACACCAAUGACUUGAACAUCUUGUCCAUGUUUUGCAUCGUUAGCGACGAUCACGGGGAUACGUGGGCGAAAGCAGGUGUUGUGUACCAUAUUCCAUACAGAAGUCCCUUAGGACCAGGAGACUUUGCACCCACUGAAGUUCAGAUCGUUGAGCUGUACAACGGCACCGUUCUCUUCAACGUUCGCAACGAGCGUCGCUACCACUGCUCCUGCCGCAUUGUCAUGAGCAGUGACGACGGCGCCAACACGAUCCCGGUAGAGACAAUCCGCUUCAACCCCACCCUGAUCGACCCAGUCUGUGCCGGCAGCAUUCUCCUCCACGGCAGCCGGCUCUACUUCACUAAUCCGGCCAACGAGGCCCACCGGCAGAACCUGACGCUGCGCUGGAGCGCCGACUGGGGGGACUCGUGGGUGGGCGCCCUGGUGGUGGACCCUGGGACGAGCGAGUACUCCUGUCUGACGGCCAUCGACGACAACCAUGUUGGGAUCGUGUAUGAGCAGGGCCUUGCCGGGGUGUGGUUUAUCAAAGUCAAACUGAAUUCAUAAUGCACCCUUUUGAAAAACCUUAUCGGCAUUGACAACAUUAAACUCAAUUCUGUCUAUUAGUGCCCUCUGUCAAGUGUUAAUUUCAAAUUUGGCAAUUACUUUCAGAAAAAAAAAAAUUAGGUACUACCUUAAUGCUGAAAGGCAUCAGCCAGUCCAUUUUAGUUUAAUGCAAUAAAAAGGGAGCGUUUAUAAUCAUCUUAUUAUUUGUAUCUUGGAGAGACUUCCAUUUUUCACUAUCAGAUGCCAAAGAAGGCUACUUGUAUCUCAACAAAUUUCAUUAGCAAUGCUCCUUGAUGUAGCCAACUUUGCCAGUUUUUAGAGCAAAUGUGUAUCUGCAACUCCAGCCAUCGUUUGCCAGUGCUAAUUUGCCGACCAAUAGGGGCGGAUAACAACUUGUGUAACUUGUAGGCUUAUUGACAGGUUCCUUCUGCAGCCGCUACUUACGUGUGUAAUGUGUUCAUUUCCUCAUGGUUGUUAGAAACAAAACAACCCUGUUCUUCCCAAAUUUCAAACAAGUGCCUUGAAAUUUGGCCAUUACUUAAUGCUGAUGUAUACUGUGUAUAUACAUGUAUUUCUUACACUAAACCAAAAUCCAGUACUUUUUGAUUGAAAUACUUUGAAUUUAUGAAUGAAAAACAUAAGUCUUUCUUGAAUUCUAAUUUACCAAUCAUUUACAUGUAGAUCAAACGGUCCAAAUUGAUAUCAUUUUAAGAAGAAAGGAACGACAUACAUUUUAUGUGAAGAAUCACUUUUUUUUAUAUGUGUACGUGAAUAAGAAAUCGACAGAUCUAUUAUUGCUGGUUUUAUCCUAUGAGAGGAGAUGGUGAGAAAGCGCCCUCUAGAUAUUGGGAAAAGUCACAUAAUAUCUCAACUUUUUAAAUAUGAUUUGGACCUGAGCUAUUGUGCGAAUUGGUGAAAUCUGCUUACUUCAAACUUUUUAAGUAUAAAAUCCAACUCAAGUUGAAAUUUACGAUACUGAACGGUUUGCUUUCCACAGUGUACAGCUUGUGUAUUUAAAUUUUCUUCAGUUCCCAAGUUUUCAUUUGAUACUAGUUCCCAAAACAACAAUGUCCGACAUUUGUGACCUGUCGCAACAAAAUGAGCGUAAAGUUGCACACCGCUAUUUCCUCUUAUAGCGGUUCAAUUUUGGGGGUUUUGUUACAUUUGAAAGAGUAACCCUUCUAUUUCAUUCCAAAUUUUUAACAAGAUCGAACAAUUGAAACUUCCUUUGCUUACAAAGUUUGACCAUGGUUUGACAGCAGCAGCAUUAUUCGUGCCUGGUCAGAAAUGCCGCGGAAACAAAAGUCUGAAACAAAGACGCAAAGCCGCCGGAAUAAUGCCGCAUUGUCACCUACUUUUGCCCUAACUGUUAUGCAUAAAUACCGUAUUUAUGAACCAUUGAAAAGUGCUUUUUUCAACUGAAUUCCUUAAUACCAAAAUCUCCAGUUUCAAAAAUUCCAACCCUCGGCUUAUUUUUAGGUGACAGGUCACAUUUAUUUUAAGAAAUUGGGUCGCGUUUUCGGGAGUCACCUUGUAUAUUCAGCAUGAGUAUAAUACAAUUGGAUUAAUGUACGAGUUGAUACGAGAA